AUGGUUCAUCUGGGGAUGCUGAAUGACCCUCAGGUGUCCAGCAGUGGCCAGUUUCCAGAUGGAAAAGAGCUAUCGUUCUUGCAGAAGACCAAAGUUAAAGUUGAGUGUUUCCUGUCACAGGAGGUGGUGACGUUCAGGGACGUGGCCGUGGUCUUCAGUGAGGAGGAGCUGGGGCUGCUGGAUGCUGACCAGAGGAAGCUGUACCGUGACGUGAUGCUGGAGACCUUCAGGAAUGUGGUGUCACUGGGGCAUCAGAGCGUGACUCCAGAGGUUUUGCUCCAGCUCAAGAGAGAAGACGUGUUCUGGAUGUUGACCGUGGCUAGCUGGAGUGGUGAAUCUACAGGAGACAGGAAUCUACAGGAGACGCACCCUCUUCAGGAAGGAUUGAGGUACCUGCCACAUGACGAGCUUUUCUGCUCGCAAAUCUGGCAACAAGUUACGAGGGAGUUAACCAAGGCUCAGGACUGCACGGUAAACACUGGAGGAACUGGCUCUCCGUUGAAACAAGAAGAUGUGAGCUAUGAAGGAGAGGAACUGAGUAAAGUUUCCAGUCAGAAUUCCGUUCCUCAGGCUGACCACAGGGAACUCCCUGAAGGAGAGGCACGUGAGAAAGAUUUCAGUUGCGCCCACCGUCUUCACGUUAUUACAGGAGAGAAGCCCUACAGGUGUGAAAAAUGUCACAACACCUGUCGGUCCCCAAGUCUUCAGUCCCAUCAGAGAAUACACGAUAUACACGGAUUGAACAAGGCAGACGGUCUGUUCAAAAAUUUCAGUCAAAGGCCACUAUUUCAGUAUCGUCAGAGUGUCCCCACUGGAGAAAACUCAAAAGGAUGUGAGGAGUGUGGGGAUACUGGGAAAAGCUCCUAUGGCCAGACAGUUUUGUUAGGUCACAGAGGAGAGGAACUUUAUAAAUGUGAGGGGUGUGGAGAGAGCUUCAGCCACAGCUCACAUCUCCAGGUCCACCAGAGAGUCCACGCUGGAGAGAAGCCUUAUAACUGUGAAGAGACUGGGAAGGACUUUGCCGGGUUUUCACGACUACACCCGCAUCAUCAAAUCCACAAAGGAGAGAAGCCAUACAAAGGCGAUGCAUGUGGCAAGGGUUUUAGGGACAGUUCACAUGUUAACAUUCAUUGUAGAGUCCACACAGGAGAAAAACCCAGUAAGUGUGAGGAAUAUGGGAAAAGCUUCUGUCAGGCCUCAAAUCUUCUGGAUCAUCAGAGGGGCCACGCUGGAGAGAAGCCUUAUCAAUGUGAUACUUGUGGGAAGAGCUUCAGCCGGAGUUCUGAUUUUAACACUCACAUUAGGGUCCACACAGGUGAAAAACCCUACAAGUGUGAGGAGUGUGGGAAAGAUUUUAGCCAGGCAUCAAAUCUUCUGUCCCAUCAGAGAGGCCACACUGGAGAGAAACCCUACAAAUGUAAAAUAUGUGGGAAGAGCUUCCGCCGGAGUUCAAGUCUCAGCGUUCAUUGUAGAAUCCACACAGGAGAGAAACCCUAUAAGUGUGAGGAGUGUGGGAAAGCCUUCAUACAGGCCUCAAAUCUUUUGGCCCAUCAGAGAGUCCACACUGGAGAGAAACCCUACAAAUGUAACAUAUGUGGGAAGAGCUUCCACCGAAGUUCAAAUCUUAAUGUUCAUUGGAGAAUCCAUACAGGAGAAAAACCCUAUAAGUGUGGGGAAUGUGGAAAAGCCUUCAUCCAGGCCACAAACCUUCUGGCCCAUCAGAGAAGCCACACCGGAGAGAAACCCUACAAAUGUAACACAUGUGGGAAGAGCUUCCGCCGGAGUUCAAAUCUUAAUGCUCAUUGUAGAAUCCAUACAAGAGACAAUCCAUACAAAGGUGAUACAUGUGGAAAGGGCUUUAGCGACAGUUCACACCUUAACGUUCAUUCUAGAGUGCACACAGGAGAAAAACCCUACAAGUGUGAGGAUUGUGGCAGGGGCUUCAGUGUAGACUCACACCUUCGGACUCAUCAGAUAAGCCAUAGUGGAGAGAACCCAAACAAAUGUGAGGAGUGUGGGAAAGGCUUCUGUCGGGCCUCGGAUCUUCCGGAUCAUCAAAGGGGCCACACUGGGGAGAAGCCUUAUUGA